GGCAUUCGUUCAGUGACUUCCAGUGGCAACGUCGCAUCUCACAUCACAUCACAUCUCGGCUCGGCUCGGUUAGGUUCGGUUCGGCACAAAUCGGCACAAUUUCCAUCUCCACAUCGGACAUCGGGCUCCGUUUUCCCACCACAACUCAGCGCCCAACGAAAGUGAGACAUCAGGUUAAUCGAGCGUGUAAUUUGUGGGACAUUCGUGGGAUUUACGAGCCACUGCAUCCACCAGCUGACGACAGGUUAAAUGCCCGCUUCCACCCGCAUGAGGAAGCUGCGCUGGGUGGCCUGCCUCCUGGCCGGCCUCUGUCUCUCCGCUUGCCGGGCGCAGCUACCAGGAACAGGCUUCGCGCAGCGCCAGCAGGGAGUCCAGCUGCAGCAGCAGUCACCAUUCGGCGUGCGUCAGCCGACUCUGGGCCAGAGCCAGGGCCUCUUUCCGGCGCAGCGCAGUCCGCUUAAUCCCCUUAAUCCGCUUAAUCCGCUGGUCAACCCCUUGGCUCCGCCGCUGACGGGAGCCGCUCUCCAGAAUCCCUAUCGGUACAACCAGUACCAGCAGCAGAACUAUGUCCCCAUCACGGCCUACCAGAACGAGCUCAAUCUGGACGGCAGCUUCUCCUAUGGAUACUCCUCUGCCGAUGGAACCACUGCCCAGGCCCAGGGCUAUGUCAAGAAUCUCGGAUAUGGCGAAGGCGUUGAGGCACAGGUCAUUCAGGGCUCCUACUCGUACACCUCGCCCGAGGGCACGCCCAUUACGGUUCGAUACAUCGCCGAUGAGAACGGUUUCCGAGCCGAGGGCACGGGCAUUCCUGCCACUCCGCCUCCGUACUUUGUGGGAGGUGGACAGCAGUCGUACCAGCCGCAGGGCGUGCUCAAUCCCAAUCUGAAUCCAUACCAGACGCCGUUCCGCCAACUGCCUCCGCCGCUGGCCACGGCACCCUUUCGACCACAGGGGCCAGGACAACAGCCGCUGAACGCGCUGCAACAGCCGCAGAAUUCAUUGCAACAGCAGCAGCAACAGCAGCGAAACUUCCAACAGCAGCAGCAGCAGCAGCCGAACUCUGGACAGUAUCAGCCGGAGCAGCCGUUCAAUCAGCUCCAUUCCGGACGCCUGCCAGCCCAGUAUGCCGGACAAUAUGGUCAGCAAUUUGGUAGCAAUCUCACAUCACAGCAGGGCCAGCAGAAUGCCAACCAACAGCAGCAGCAGCAACAACAGCAGCAACAGCAACAGCAGCAGCAGCAACAGCAACAGCAGAAGGAACAGCAAAACGAGCAGCAGCAGCAGGCGCUGAUAACCCAACAGUUGAGAGGCAGAUCGAACCAAUUGGUGGAUCCGUAUGGUUACAAUCAGUACGGCAGACGCUUCAAGAAGUCCCCGAGGAAGUGAUUAUUCCCACGUUGACCAAAUUGUGUUGCAUCGAUACUUACACUUAGUCCAUACACGUAGUCGCGUUCAAAGGCAUGAAAUACAUGCACCAGAAAAGUCAAACUGCUCUCUUUGCUU